UUUUGGCCCCCUCGCUCCUCAUCUUCAUUCUCUCACCCGCCAAUUCUCCUGCCCCAAAGGAACCCCUCGGGAGCUGCGGCGACUCGCCCCACUGCCAUGUCCAAAAGCUUGAAAAAGAAAAGCCACUGGACUAGCAAAGUCCAUGAGAGUGUCAUUGGCAGGAACCCGGAGGGCCAGCUGGGCUUUGAACUGAAGGGGGGCGCCGAGAAUGGACAGUUCCCCUACCUGGGGGAGGUGAAGCCCGGCAAGGUUGCCUAUGAGAGCGGCAGCAAGUUGGUGUCGGAGGAGCUGCUGCUGGAAGUGAACGAGACCCCCGUGGCGGGGCUCACCAUCAGGGACGUGCUGGCCGUGAUCAAACACUGCAAGGACCCCCUCCGGCUCAAGUGUGUCAAGCAAGGAGGAAUUGUUGAUAAGGAUCUUCGUCACUACCUCAACUUACGAUUUCAGAAGGGUUCUGUGGACCACGAACUUCAGCAAAUCAUCCGUGACAACCUCUACCUCCGCACGGUGCCGUGCACCACAAGGCCACAUAAGGAGGGUGAGGUCCCUGGAGUGGACUAUAUUUUCAUCACCGUUGAAGAUUUUAUGGAAUUGGAGAAAAGUGGUGCUCUCCUAGAAAGCGGGACUUAUGAAGACAAUUACUACGGUACCCCGAAGCCUCCAGCCGAGCCAGCACCAUUAUUAUUAAAUGUAACAGACCAGAUACUUCCGGGAGCCACUCCAAGUGCUGAAGGAAAACGGAAGAGGAAUAAAUCAGUUAGCAACAUGGAAAAAGCGAGUACAGAGCCUCCUGAGGAGGAAGAGGAAGAAAGGCCUGUGGUCAAUGGAAAUGGAGUAGUAAUAACACCAGAAUCCAGUGAACAGGAAGACAAAAGUGAAGGUGCCUCAGGGGAGACACCCUCCCAGCCUUAUCCUGCACCAGUGUACAGUCAGCCUGAGGAGCUGAAGGAGCAGAUGGAUGAUGCAAAACCAACGAAACCUGAAGAGAAUGAGGACUCGGACCCAUUGCCUGAUAACUGGGAAAUGGCCUAUACAGAGAAGGGCGAAGUCUACUUCAUUGACCAUAACACAAAGACAACAUCAUGGCUGGAUCCACGACUUGCGAAAAAGGCUAAACCUCCAGAAGAGUGCAAAGAAAAUGAGCUUCCAUAUGGCUGGGAAAAAAUCGAUGACCCCAUAUAUGGCACUUAUUAUGUUGACCACAUAAAUAGAAGAACACAGUUUGAAAACCCUGUCCUGGAAGCAAAGAGGAAGCUACAACAGCAUAACAUGCCCCACACAGAACUUGGAACAAAGCCCCUGCAGGCCCCAGGUUUCCGAGAAAAGCCGCUCUUCACUCGGGAUGCAUCCCAGCUGAAGGGAACCUUCCUCAGUACCACCCUGAAAAAGAGCCACAUGGGUUUUGGAUUUACCAUCAUUGGAGGCGAUGAGCCUGAUGAGUUUCUGCAGGUGAAAAGUGUGAUCCCGGACGGGCCCGCCGCACAGGACGGGAAAAUGGACACAGGUGAUGUCAUUGUCUAUAUUAAUGAAGUUUGUGUCCUUGGACACACUCAUGCAGAUGUAGUCAAACUUUUCCAGUCUGUUCCUAUUGGUCAGAGUGUCAACCUCGUGUUGUGUCGUGGCUACCCUUUGCCCUUUGAUCCUGAAGAUCCCGCUAACAGCAUGGUGCCGCCCCUUGCAAUAAUGGAGAGGCCACCUCCAGUAAUGGUGAAUGGAAGACAUAACUAUGAAACGUACUUGGAAUACAUUUCUCGGACCUCACAGUCAGUUCCAGAUAUAACAGACCGGCCACCUCAUUCUUUGCACUCAAUACCAGCGGACGGUCAGCUUGAUGGCACGUAUCCACCACCUGUCCAUGACGACAAUGUAUCUAUGGCUUCAUCUGGGGCCACCCAAGCUGAACUUAUGACCUUAACCAUUGUGAAAGGUGCCCAGGGCUUUGGCUUCACUAUUGCCGACAGUCCUACAGGACAGCGGGUGAAACAAAUACUUGACAUUCAGGGAUGCCCUGGCCUGUGUGAAGGUGACCUCAUUGUUGAGAUCAACCAGCAGAAUGUACAGAACCUGAGCCAUACAGAAGUAGUGGAUAUACUUAAGGACUGUCCCAUUGGAAGUGAGACUUCUUUGAUUAUCCAUCGAGGAGGUUUCUUUUCUCCAUGGAAAACUCCAAAGCCUGUGAUGGACCGGUGGGAGAACCAAGGCAGUCCUCAGACCAGCCUCUCUGCCCCGGCCGUGCCGCAGAGCCUGCCCUUCCCGCCCGCCCUGCACAGGAGCUCCUUUCCUGACUCAACAGAGGCCUUUGACCCAAGGAAGCCUGACCCAUAUGAGCUCUACGAGAAAUCGAGAGCCAUUUAUGAAAGUAGGCAACAAGUGCCACCAAGGACCAGUUUUCGAAUGGAUUCCUCUGGUCCAGAUUAUAAGGAGCUGGAUGUUCACCUUCGCAGGAUGGAGUCUGGAUUUGGCUUCAGAAUCCUCGGGGGAGAUGAGCCUGGACAGCCUAUUUUGAUUGGAGCUGUCAUUGCCAUGGGCUCAGCUGAUAGAGACGGCCGCCUACACCCAGGAGAUGAGCUGGUCUAUGUGGAUGGGAUUCCUGUGGCCGGCAAGACCCACCGCUAUGUCAUCGACCUUAUGCACCACGCAGCCCGGAAUGGGCAGGUUAACCUCACUGUGAGAAGAAAGGUGCUCUGUGGAGGCGAGCCCUGCCCGGAGAACGGAAGGAGUCCCGGCUCCGUGUCCACGCAGCACAGCUCCCCGCGCAGCGACUACACCGCCUACGCCAACAGCAGCCACGCCGCCCCUGGGAGUGACGCAUCUCCCCCCGAAGGCUUCACCCCGCACAGCCCGCAGACCAGCGACGUGAUCAUCCACCGCAAGGAGAACGAGGGCUUCGGCUUCGUCAUCAUCAGCUCCCUCAACAGGCCUGAAUCCGGAUCCGCUAUCACUGUGCCACAUAAAAUUGGACGCAUCAUUGAUGGGAGUCCUGCCGAUCGCUGUGCAAAACUGAAAGUGGGAGACCGGAUCCUAGCAGUGAAUGGCCAGUCCAUUGUCAGCAUGCCGCACGCGGACAUCGUGAAGCUCAUCAAGGAUGCAGGCCUGAGUGUCACACUUCGCAUCAUUCCCCAGGAGGAGCUCCACAGCCCCGCCUCGGCACCCAGCUCAGAGAAGCAGAGCCCCCUGGCCCAGCAGCACAGCCCCCUGGCCCAGCAGAGCCCUCUGGCCCAGCCCAGCCCAGCCACUCCCAGUAGUCCUGUCACCCAACCGGCUCCUCCUCAGCCACUUCAGCCGCAAGGACAUGAAAAUAGUUACAGGUCAGAAGUAAAAGCGAGGCAAGAUGUGAAACCAGACAUCCGGCAGCCUCCGUUCACCGACUACAGGCAGCCGCCGCUGGACUACAGGCAGCCUCCAGCGGGGGACUACCAGCAACCCCCGCCCCUGGACUACAGGCAGCCUCCCCUGCUGGACUACAGGCAGCACUCCCCUGACACCAGGCAGUACCCCCCAUCAGACUACAGGCCGCCCCAGGAUUUUGAUUAUUUCACUGUGGACAUGGAGAAAGGAGCCAAAGGAUUUGGAUUCAGCAUUCGUGGAGGAAGGGAAUACAAAAUGGAUUUGUACGUGCUGCGACUGGCAGAGGAUGGGCCAGCAAUAAGGAACGGAAGGAUGAGGGUAGGAGAUCAAAUCAUUGAAAUCAACGGGGAGAGCACACGGGACAUGACGCACGCCAGAGCGAUAGAACUCAUCAAAUCGGGAGGAAGAAGAGCGAGGCUGCUGCUGAAGCGCGGGACGGGGCAGGUCCCAGAGUAUGACGAACCCGGCCCCUGGAGCUGUCCCGCUGCCGCCGCCCCAGCUCUGCCGGAAGUAGGCGCCUGCCUCGAGGACGUCCUCUCUCCAUUCUCUCCAUCGCAUCCAGCCCCACCCUCCGACCCUUCCCACCAGAUAAGCCCAGACCCAACUUGGGAUAUCAAAAGGGAGCACGACGUUAGGAAACCAAAGGAGCUUUCGGCCGGCGGCCAGAAGAAGCAGCGCCUCGGGGAGCAGAGGGAGCGCUCGGCGAGCCCGCAUAGGGCCGCGCGGCCGAGGCUCGAGGAGGCGCCCGGCGGCCAGGCGCGGCCCGAGGCCGGCAGGCCCUCCUCGGAGGCCAGGGCACCCGGGCCCGCGGCGGAUGAGGCGCGGGCCGGCGGGAAAGAGGGGCCCCGCGCCGCGGCGGGCCCGGAGCUCGGCCGGCGCGAAGGCCCCGGGGCCGCGCCUGCGUUCGCGGGCCCGGGCGGCGGCGGCGCGGAGCGGCCGGGCGCGCGGGAGGCCGAGGGCAGGGCGGGCGGGCGGCCCCCGGGGGGCGGCCCCGCACGCAGGGCCGCCGUGGCGCCGGGGCCCUGGAGGGUGCCCGGCUCCGACAGGCUGCCCGGCGUCCUCAAACCCGGCGCGUCGGCCGCGGGCAGAUGAGACGCCGCAGGCCGCCCUUCUUACGUUCCGUCUCACGGCGUUUUAAUUUAUUUUCACUGUCACACGCAUAGAUCCACAAGGCACCAAGGCCUGGGAGCACGACGUGAGUCUACGAGCCGAGCGAGCACGGGCGGUUCGGCGUCCAUGCGCAGACCUAACCUGACCCUGAGGUCCCCGGCUCCGCUGUGGGGGCCUUGGCAGCUAUGGAAGAACCAAAAUAAUGUGAACAUCACAGAGAGUGCAGUGUAGCUUUAGUAAGAAAAAGAAAGAAAAAAGUAUUUCCCCCCACUGCAUGAAGGAUUUGGAUGCCAUCCAAACUUUAUAUCAAGAAACUGGACAUGUUAAGAGCAAUCACAAACUGGAAUAUCGCCUUAAAAAUCAAACCGCACGGAGCAAGCUGAAACUGAGACAAGAUUAUAUCUUUUAAUUGAUCUAAAGAGCUGUAAAUAAAUUGUUCUUGACGUAUCUAGACAGGGGUUAAAAGGUUUCUUUGAAACAUUCAGAACUGUUCGCCCAGGACACAGUCCCGUGGCUCACCUGCACCAUCCGUCACGGGUGUGAGCAACGUUCCCUGCGCACCGCAGGAGAGUUAGAAAUCUAGUGAAUUCAUUGGUGUGAUGCGAUUUUUACUGCCAUUUCUGUGAUCAAAUCAUAUUUCUGUACAUUUUCAGUGGUAGAAAAAGAGGUCUUAAAAAUUGUAUCCUAGGAAAGUUUGCCGUAAGUCAGAAUUUUGCAGUUUAGUUCAUAGACCUUAAUUGGUUUUCAGCUAAAAUACGAAUUUUGUAAUUGAAGGACCACGAUCGAGAUUGGCAACGCUGCAGUUCCUUUAUGAAAAGGCUUUCCGAUUGUCUCAGGCUAGCAGAGAUAGUGGCUUCUUUGACAGCAAUGUUGUGUUUCACCUAUUUUGUUAUUUUUAAACCCUCCUUCCAUUGUUUCAUUUUUCACUUUGAUAGAGCAGAGGCAAAGAAUUUCUCUUAUAUUUCUCAGAUUAUAAUGAAUUCCUAAUAUUAAAAAAUCAUUUUUUGGCCAAUUUAUUUUCACUAAAGAACAUGGAUCUUAGCAUUCCUUUCUGCUUCUCUUCCUGUCCUUAUUCGUUCUUUCAGAUCCAUGUGGUUUGCCAAUUUUUUAUUUCUUUAGCAUCCUCUUGGUGUUUCUGUUUAUCUUCUUCCAUUUAUGGUUCAUCCCUAGUAAAAUUCUAAGGCUUGCCUUUCUUCCCUGUUUUACCUUUUAGUUAAUUAUCCGUUGGUACUUAUUUAUAGCUACAUAUUAAAAGGCCAAAUGUUUCCGAGGGCAGUUUCUCUGUGACUUCAUCCUUCCUAUAUUCUGUCCCUUACAGAAGUUCAAGUGCAAAUAAGACUCACCUCCCUACACUGUAGUCAGAUAAGUAAAACGGGGAAAUCAGGUCCAUCACAAAGUUACACAUAACAGCCUCCCCGGUUGACUCUUUCCUUCUCUGUGUAAAUUGCAGUAACCUGAGCGCUAGCAUUUAAUUUCCAUCAGCCAUAGGAGUAGUUCAGUUGUUUGACAAGAGAAUAUGUUUGAAAGCCUCAGCUGAAGAGUCUUGCAGCUUGUAAAAGCAGUUUCCAAAAAUGGAAUCCAUUCAUCAUAAACAAAAGCACAAACACAUGUAGCAGUUUACAAUACUUUUGGUUUAAUCUCAAUUAGUCAUUCCCCCUGGACUAGAAAUCGGGUAGAGUUUGCCAUUAAUUUAUUGAAUCUGGUUUUGGACAAUACUUCUAUAGUGUAACUGCACGUCCCAGUACUGUAUCCUCUGACCUUUAUUUUUCCAUGUGUUACGAAAGGAUACAAAAAUUGAGAUUACGCUUGCAUAAACUCUAAUUUGCACAGUUCACGGCUACUACUUGUGCAGUAAUUGCUUUAUGCAGCUGUAAUCCAUCACCUGUGAAGACAGCACAUCGUCUAAAUCCCAUUCCAAAUAAUAUUUCUGUGUAGUGUUAGCUGUGAAUUUACCCUGUACAGCUGUAUCUCUAUAAAUAUACUUCCAUGUAUUAAUAGUCACAGAAAGACUGUAAGUGAGCAACUAUUUUUAUGAAACGCACCACUAUGGAUAAAUUAACUUUUACAGAAAUCUUGUUUACUGUAUGAUAUUCUAAAACACUGUCAAAUAAAAUAUAUAUCCAAAAA